AUGCCAGGAACCAAGUCAGCAUUAGACAAGUCAUUGCAGUUAUUGUAUAAUUAUUCAACUAAUUUUCAAGUAUCAAUUGAACUAAUUCAAAAAUUGGCACAACAAUUAAAGUUGGAAACAUUUAUUGAUAGUUUGGGUUUUAAUUUAGAUGAUUCAAAGCCCGGACAGAAAACCCAGAAACUAAGCAUUGCUGGAUCAUCUAUAUUGCUCGAUAUUGAUUUUGAAACUGAUAAUAAAAUUGUUGGUUUGUCAUUAUCUGUAAAUGCUGGUGAUAGUCUUGAACAACAAAAUAAUCAUAGAGAAAUCGGUCCUCCUAACCAUACAACAAAUGGACAAUCGUCGUCACAUAUAUCAAUUGUCACUGACGAAUUGGGUAUCCAUCAUGUCAAAUUAAAUUGUAAUAAUAAUCCUAUUUCAUUUCUAAAUAAACCUAACGAUUUAAAUAAGACACAAGUGGAACAAAUUUUACUACGUAACUUGCAAGCAUCAAAAUUGGGUAAUUUUCCUGUAAAUUUACAACGUUUGGCAACAAUUGAUAAAUUCACAAACUAUAAUCCCGAUUUGUUUAUUUAUGUUGAGUCAAUUGCCUUGUUGUUUAAUACUAUAUUUGAAAUUGAACAGCAAUCGAAUUCCAGUAAUUGGGAAAUUGAAAAUGGAUUAUCCAGUAGUAUAGGGAAAGUCAAUAUAAACAAUGAGGAUAGACUUGGUGUUACUUUGGAUUUCUGGCAAGAUUACAGAUUUAUAAAUCACGAGUAUGAGAUAGUCAAGAAUCAGAGUGGGUUGUUGGUAGGCGAUUACUAUACAAUUCAGGUGGAUAUUGUUGAAGCAUCAAAACAAACAGAUUAUUUACUCGAUAAUCAAGUACAGGAAUGGGAUAUAUCUAUGAGUAAAUACAAGUUUGAAUUUGAUAGUAAUUCAUUGAAACCAUUAGUUUUAGAUGGUGAUGGGUUUUUGGCAUGGUCAUUACAAUUUAAGUUGAACCAUCUGGUUUAUCUUCCAGUUUAUAUACUUGAAUAUUUCUCCUUGGCCUUGGGGAAUAAUUAUACAUUAGAUACAGGUGAUCAUAAUUGUUGUAAUGUGUUUGCCAAAAUCAAUGAAGGAGAGAGUUUUGAACAAGUUUUAAAUAUUGAUUCCAAUUCAGUUUCAUUUCAAUUGACAAAUGAUAUUCCAGGAAAAUUUGUUCCAUUGAAAUCAUUUCACAUCAACAAGUUAGUGGACAUUUCAAAAUUAAUACCCAUUUUGAGAAAUUUCUUGGUAUUGAUUAAUUUGUGUCGUACGGUGAUAAAAAGUAAACUGACUCAAUUGCCUGUAUUCAAUAGUAAAAGAAGAAGAAGUUCUAGAUUUUUGGGAAUACCUACUACUGAAAGGGAAUUGACUGAAGAAUUCAAACACAAAUUAAAAGAAUCGUUGAAAUUGCCAGAUGAUGUUACCGAUGAAGAGAUUCUUGGUCUUAGUGCCAUUUCUGAAACCGCAAAUUAUUCCACUAUACCACCAGCAAACAAGGAUGAUAUAGAUCUCGAAUCAUUUUUGGGAAAUGAAGACACCACCAAUAGUGGUGAUGUUGAUACAAAUGGUAAAAGAGGUACUGACCACCUCCCAGUGAAUGGAAACAACUAUUUCCUGUUGAAAUUGGAGAGUAUUGAUCUUAGUUCACGAGGUGAUUUGCAAUUGGCAUUUGAAUCACAGUUUAAAUCAGAAGAGGUGUAUAUCCCGUUUAGAAUAUCAAAUGGUGAAAUAGUAAAAUUACAAAACAGUGAUGACAUGGAAACUGAUGAUACUCCAAGUUCGAAAUUUAUAAAAGCCUUAAAUUUGACUGAAGAUAUAAUUAGUUCAUAUAAAGCAGUAUACUCAAAUUAA